CUCCUUCUUUCCCUCUGUGUUUUUCUCCAGAGACCUCCAGUUUUUGAACACUACACUGUCUUACCUACUGGCCCUCCACCCCACGCACACAAAAAGAGAGAGAACCACAGAAGAUAUGUUUCAUCUUCGUGUACCCCUGUUAGCCAUAUUGGUCAAUGUGGCCCUGUGCCAGUAUUAUGAAUACGACGACCAGCCUGUUUCCAUGCUAGGACCCUCAGGGCCCAACUGUAAUCAAGAAUGCGACUGCCCAAUCAGCUUCCCCACCGCCAUGUAUUGUGAUAGCCGCAAGCUCAAGUUUGUUCCCGUAGUCCCAACAGGAAUCAAGUACCUGUACCUCCAGAACAACCAGAUAGAAGAGAUCAAGGGAGGAGUGUUUGAUAAUGUUACUGAAGGACUUCGCUGGCUGGUACUUGACAACAACCAGAUUACCAAUGCUAAGAUAGCAGCGGGCACAAUCGACAAACUCACAGCCCUGGAAAAGUUAUUCUUCAGCAACAACAACCUGACAGAGCCAGCCAUCCCUCCCUCAAAGUCCCUUGAUGAGUUGAAGAUGAUGCACAACAAGAUAUCCAAGUUCCCCUCUGGACUCUUGUCUGACAAGGAGAACUUGACCACCGUCAACCUUCAGCACAAUCAGCUAAGCUCUGAUUCCAUUGGGGGGGCGUUCAAAGGCCUGAAGAAGUUGCUGUCCCUGGAUGUGAGCCACAACAAGUUGAAGAAACUGCCGGCAGGAGUCCCCAGUUCGCUGGAAAUCCUCUACGCUGACUACAACGACAUUGACGGUGUCGGAGCAGGAUACCUGAACAAGCUCCCCGUGCUUCAGCACUUGAGGAUCUCCCACAACAAGCUGGUGGACUCCGGGAUCCCUGCUGGAGUGUUCAAUGUGACAUCGCUGGUGGAGCUGGACCUGUCUUUCAACCAACUGAAGUCCAUCCCUGAGAUCAACGAGCAGCUGGAGCAACUUUACCUCCAGGCCAACCAGAUUGACAAGUUUGACCUGGCAAGUUUCUGCAAGUAUGUUUCAACCAUGAGCUUUUCCCAUCUGAAGCAUCUGCGUCUGGACGCCAACAACAUCACAUAUAGCAACAUGCCCCCUGAAUACUCCAACUGCCUGCGCCUUGCUUCAGAUAUCAUGUUUGAAUAAGGACCUCCCUCAAAUCUAUCACCUUUCCUUGACCCCCUUCUCCACUACUAUGACACUGCUCAGCCUAAUGCCUUCUGGAUUCAAAUGGCGUAAUAUCCCUGCUGUCUUAGUACUCACACGUCCCUGUACAUAAGUGGUAUCCAAAUCUGAGAUAUUGUAAUGGCAUCAUUAUCAAUUGAAUAUAUAUCUUGAAUGGGAUACUAUAGAUGGCAAGACAAUCUAUCAACAAUUUUUGCAACAUAUCUCGCCAAACGUGGCAUCGUAUAAGCAUGUCAAAUAUUUUGCUCUAGAUAUGAAUGUAUAUUCUCGUUGUUCAAAUAAACAUGAAGGCAAAAUAUAGAGGGAAAUAAAUGUAAAAAUAUAUAAAAGGUAAAGGACCAAAUGUUUUAUGUUUAUAUGCUUUGAUUAAAAACACACACUUUACACAUUCCAAACUUGCAUUUGAUGGUAUUGAAUACAGACACAAUGGAGAAAACAAUGGCUCCAAUGUCUCAAUUCACUCGUCAAUCGUCAUUGUGUUGUCCGUCUUGUAUGUUCCAACGUUCAGCAUGUAUAAUAUAAUGUGGCUACAAUACUUAAUCCAUUGCUGUGCAAAGGACCAGCAAAUAAGGACUGCAUACUCAGAUUUCAGUGUAUAAUACCUAAUGUAAGAAAUUAUGAACAAAUGUAAAAUAGCAGUUACAUCGAAGUCACAUUUGAAAACAUCUUUAAUGAUAAAAUAGUUUUAAGGAAAAUACAAGUAUUAGUUACUCGUGUCUGCCUUACAAAUGGUGCUUUGAUACAAAUACCAUGAUGUCCAACUGUUUGACUUCUUUGAGCUAUUAACUAAAACAUAUAUAUUCAUACUAAAACUGAGAAAUGAACUUAAAGCCCUAUAUAAGUAGGACUUAGUUUUUUUCUGAAGUACUUGGUGUUAAAGAGUGGAAUAAAGGUCACAUGAUUAAAAGACAUGGGUACUAUCCUUGAAGCAACUUGCUAAACCUUGAGAUGUUUUCUAUAAAUCAUGAGUCAAAUGUUUCUUUACGUUAUCUAAUUCCUAGCUCAUGUGCAUUGCUGAUUUGUAUACAUUUGCAUUACUUGCAUGCAACCAAUGGUACCAUUCUUUGAUAAUAAACUACAGCUUUUGCAGUUAAGCCGCUCUCAUUGUUACGUUGUUGUUCACCAUGUUUGAUAAAUGCUUCAUACCAAUACAAAGACAACACAGCAGUGUCAUGUUGGUUGAAGUUAUGUGACUAGAAUAUCACAUUUUAUUUGUAUUUUUUUUACCGUGAUUUCUUUUGUGGUCUUUGACUCGGUAACUGCUUUUGGAUUUGCUGUGAGGAAACCAAACACAGUUCAAUAAACUUUGUUUCCAACAUAUUUGUA